AUGGGACAGAUCUUCGACUCCGAUCGCCUGGAAUUUGAGGAUGGUGACGUGCUCUUCGUGGCGCAUCGACAACCGCUGCAGGGACGUCCCUUUGAGGUGGACGUGGGCGGCCUUCGCUUCUCUCCAUCCAUCUCCCAUAACGUCAUGACCAGGCUUUGGGAUACGGAGACACCCUCCGACUCCAUCAGGGCAGCGAAGAACGCUGCCUUGUAUUGCUUUUCAAUGAUCUUCGAGCGGUGUGCGCUUGCUGUUAACGACAAGAUUGUGGCCCUGUUUGGGCGCAACGCCUUUUUCCUGCAAAAACCUGCAGCAUUCCAUGAUUCCUGUGCCACGUACGCGCGGACAGCUGCGGUCUCGCAUUUGUUGCUUUGGGCCCUGGCAGGGCCUGGAGCCUUGAUUUAUUUGCUCAUCGCAGAGGUGGCAUGGCAGCUGCCCAUUCACCCUGCCUGCGGCAUGUUCGUGUCCAAUCACGGCAGUGGGAAGCGAGUAGAUGGGCAAUGUGCUCCAAGCGCAUCUCUCUACGUGGGUGAUCCUUGGGGCUGGUUCGAUUGGGUGUGCCUCUUCGCCAACUACCAUGUUGAACACCACGACUUUCCGGAUAUCCCGCUCUUGAAGCUGCCGGAACUUCGUCGGAUCGCGCCCGAGUUCUAUGGCUGCUCUUCAAGGCUGACGCAGCAGCCGCCAGCCUCUUUAGCACUCAUGGAGGCCAACACGAAUUGGUCUCGCACCGUCUUUCGCAGCUUUGCGUCGCCGGAGCCAUAUGCCUGUUCUGUGGUCACUGGCGUGGACAAUGAGUAUGGCGGGGAGGAGGAGGUGGCCAUUGCCUGA